CCGGGGCCCCCGGCAAUCGCAAAGCUCUCGGUUUCUUAAUCACUUUCUCUCGUACCUUUCUGAAGAAGCAGUAUGGAGUUACGUCAGAGCACCGGGCGAAAGUGCUGGCCAAGCAAAUAAGCCGCUGAGGAGCUAUUUGUAGGCAUUGCUGCCAAACGCGGAUAAGGCUGCUCACUCUUGUGCGAUCAAUGCUUUAAACUUGCUAUACAACAUUUAGUAGCAGCAUGCAUUACAUUUCUUUGUUGCUUCGGAAUGUUUGUGCUUGGAGAUCUCGACUUUAAUCCUUGGAUGACAGGCAGCCGGUGCAGUUAGGUCAAAUUCGAAUUCAAAAUUCAAAUUCAAAAAUUCGGAUUCUAAAAUAAAGCAACACGUCAGACUGAAAACCCGAUACACGAUGAGGAUUCUGCGCGUCUCAGUUCACAGAACAUCACUUUUUAUCAUCACUUUUGGUUAGAGCUUUCUGAUCUUUCUGCUCUGAAUUCAACAUGCCACACACUCGCAAUAGGAACCCGAGUCCAAUCCCAGAGGUGACAUGGGACACUGGAUUGAAAGAGAUGAACGAAACCUGGAAGGGGGCUAUUGCCUGUUUGGGAGUUGCUGUCUUUUUUGUCAUGACAAUUGGGAUAAUUUAUUGGCAAGUUGUGGAUCAGCCCAACAAGAACUGGAUCCUGAAGGGGAGUUUUAGUGGGCUUAUUUGGGAGAGACGGACGCAAACUCUGGUCAUUCAGACACUUACUGAAGACAAGACGUUUGCGGAGAUUGACGUGGGGAAUGUGGGGAACCCUGAUAUUGAGGUUCCGUUUGUGAGGAACAUGUGCUGGCUCAACAAAACCGAAUUCUGCUACACAUGGGAUUCGGUGGCAGAGGUGAAGAUAUCUCUGGAAACAGAGGAGGAAUCAGAUACUGAGUGCUACAGUGUAACCUGGACUCCAAUUCACUGUCAUGUGGACCUAAAGGACUGUUUCUCCAUGGUGAAUAUUUCAUGGUAUGGAGGUGCCAGUGUCCGUGCGCACAACUGGCCGAUAAACGAGGCCAACAUUUCCAUGCAACCCUUCACAGUCAGCGAUCUUCGGGACAACCCCUCUGGCUUCGGAUCAGUUUUAGAGCGCUACUUCCUGGGAUCUUCAGGUGUGUCAGUUAUAGUUGCCCCGAACAUCCCUCUACAUGUGGGAAUGGAAAGCAGACAGCAGUACUGUUUGCAGACACCCCCCAGUAUGGAGCACAUGCCUCUGCAGUACACUGUGUGUGUUGGACAUAACAUUAAAGCAGUCCAUCAGGAGUCAAUGAAACAGCUCUCAACAGCCAGUCGAGAGCUGCCAAACAUGGAUGUCUUACGGCUGCCUUUCUGGAAGCUUCUAGCAAAUGUGGACUCAGAGGCCAAGCUAGAGAGAGAGCUGAGAACCUUCUCAAACCGUCUGAAGAGGCAUCACCUGGGGGAGGGAGUCAUCAGCCUCGACGAACAUUCCACAGCUCUCCUCUCCAACAUGGACCAAGGCUACCUCAAUGGCAAGAAAAGGGCAUCUAAGAGACAGACCAGGGACCUCCCUUUUGUAAAGCUUCUAAACAUUUCCAUCACCCUGUCCCCUUACCUGAGUGUGGACUCCCAGCAGUUCCAGAGCUCCAUGCAGGGAGGCAUUAAAGAGUAUUGGCUGAGCCUGCCCUCAGGACCACAGGGUCAAAUGGUGCCUCUGUUGACUCAGUGGAAAGGAAAAUACAGUGUGAAGCUGAACCUCACUAACCCGGAAGCCACUAACUGGUUUCUGGACAAAGUGGACAGCUUGCAUAGUCAUUUGGGCAUGGAGUAUGUCAUCCUGGAAGGUGGAGAGGGAAACACUUUCGAGGUACAGGCCCUGCGCACCCCUCUGGCAUUGGUUGGGGAUGAAUACAUCACACUCCUUGCUGACCUGGCAGAGAGAACAGGGGGCACUGUCAUUGUCACCUCAGGAACAAGGUCCAGCCACAAACCGCUUUUCAUCCGUAUGAGUGCACUACAGUCUGACUGGAGUUACUCUGGCCUUAAGGGCAUCAUUCCAUCCCUACUGCAUCACAGUCUUCUGGGAUAUCAUUUCUUCAUUCCUGAUGCAGUAGGUGGCGCUCUCUCUGCCGAACUGGUCGCAGACGACGAACUCUUCGUCCGCUGGCUGGGGAUCGCAGCCUUCCUUCCUGUCAUCAGUUUCCAGACACCUCCAUGGGUCUUUGAGAAGGAAUGGGUCCUAAACAUCACCAGAUUCUACAUAGCCAAGCACCAUGACUUUGUGGUUCCUCUGAUAUUGAAAUAUGCAAAAGAAUGGCAAGCUAAUGGAAACCCCAUCUACAGACCACUUUGGUGGCUCAGCCCGGAUAACCCGGUCACAUUCACCAUUGAUGACGAGUUCCUUAUUGGAGAUGAGGUCCUUGUAGCACCAGUGACAGAAAAGGGAGUUAUACAAAGAGACAUUUACCUGCCAGAGAGUGACUUUCAGUGGCAGGACACUAACAAUGCUCAAGUGUUUGAUGGAGGGACGUUUCUGGAAAGUUACCCGGUCGGCCUUGGGGACGUGCCGGUUUUCAUACGACGGAGAUCCUAAGGCUUACUUACCACUUAUUUACCUUUUUCUUUUUUUUUACUUUUUUGAAGUUUUCACUUGUGCUGAUCUCAAAUUGCACUUUCCAAAAAGACCAUUAUCUGUGUCUCAAGGAGUCUUGAGAGUAGGUAGAAGAUUACUUUACAUUUGCACUUGUUUUAUAUUGUCUCAUGAUUUUUAGAUCCAUUUCGUUUUUUCUUUGCUAUUUGUUUUGUUAAUUCACAAGCUUUCCUUUUUUCCUCAGAAAACUGUGGUUUAUACUUGAUAAAUUCUGACAGCCUCCUAAAGUUUAACUGUGUCCACAUCUCAUGACAUGGAGCCAGAAAUCAAACCCUUUAUUUGCUUAAAAACAACGAAUGGAAUUUUACAAAGAAGACCAAACAAUAAUCAAAAGUCUCUGCAGAGAAAGACUACAAGCAAAAACGAUUCGCUGAAGGUGGAUGAAGAUGAAAAAUAGUUCACUAUGAUUCGUCUCAACUCUUCUCAAGCGAGGUUUUUUCUUGAAAUUUGUGCAUAUUUUGCUGUAGCUGUGUAAUGUUUUAACUGUACCUCAAAUUGCCAUGGUGUUUUGUUUGUCGUUGUAAAAUCUGAGAGAUUACAAGCUCUUAAUAAUUGAGGAGAUUGAAAUGAAGUGCUUUUAGCAUACAUAGCACAAUUACUUUUGUCUAUUAAUUAAACUAUAACAAAAUCAAUCAAUAGUACCAGUAUAAGAGCCACUGACAAUCAAAAUAUAGAUGAUUUCUCCUCAUUUCAUAGCUGAACAGUCUUAGUUUAAAUGCAACACACAAUAUUAGAUAUAUUGUUCAUUCAUAAAGGUAGUUUUUGGUAUGCUAAUUUUAAUAAUUAUUUUGUUUAGCGUCUUCUAAUUGACUAGAUUAAACCACUAGCAUAUUUCUAGACAUGAGUGAUUUUAAACGUAGUUAACAUGGGAUUUUAUAUUGGGUAGAGUUUUAUAUUUAAAUCAAAACUGACUAAACUUGAUCAUUCAGCCAAUUAGAUGAAAUAGCUUACUGUAUGCUUUAACCUCUGCAUUUAAAUACAUUGAUGAUUUUAAUGGCACAUAAACUCAUAUCUUAAAAAAAAAGAAAAACAAAGUAGUGUCUGGGUGUAUGUGGCAUUUAGUAAAAUACAGAUCAAUUCUUUACAAUAAUGCAUUUCUAGAAAUUUCAGAAAUACUCAAUUAUAAUAGAGGUGCUGCUACUUUCCUUCAGCUUUGAAUAUAUCGUGCCUGACAAGAUCCAGCUUUGGAUCACGGGCCCCCGCACUUAAAGACUUCAUUUCAGUCACUACCAUAUGAAACUACAGUACAGAGAGAGACAACGACAAGUUGAUCAGCGUCACCUGAUACGUGUGGCCUACUAGGAAUGUCUUCUUAAUCUUCACUGUGAUUGUAGAAUGUUUACUGUAAGUGCAGGUUUCUCAGGUCAAACAUAUUGAAUCUAAAACAGAGAAAAUGUCUUACUUGUGCCCCAGCACACCGUUAGUGUCUUAAUCUCGUGGCUUUUGAUGCUGUUUUCAUUAGUGCAUUUCCGUAAGAGAAAAAUUGUGAUGAUCUUAUAUUAAGUGGAGUUUUUGGAGCCCCCCCCCCCCUGUAUUUUAUAUUAAAAUGCUACGCUUUGAUGACAAUGAUACGAUGAAAUGUUGCCUGCUGCAUAAUCUUUGCUAGUUACAUUUUGUAUAAAUCAUGUGCCACAAUUUGUCCACAGCAUAAUGCAUAUAUCAUUCAUUGUGCCAUUCAAUGUUUUUAUCUUCUGUAAAAUCUGAAAAAUAGAGAUGUCAAUCUGCAAUAAAGUUUACAUUUUGUUACUGUAGGAACCCAUUGUUUUAACUGUUCUUUGGAGACUAUACUGUAUGUGAAAACAUAUUGCACCCUAAAAUGAA